AUGGGCCUUGUCCGCAGACUGCUGAUAUGGGCAGCCGUUGAUGGCGUCGUCCUUCAGCCUUCUGGUCCUGCAGAGCACCCAAAAACGCUCUACAUCGACUACAAGAGCCGACAGGUCAAAGAGCUUCAGAAGCUAGAUGCAUCAUCAAAGAAGCCAGCUGCUUUGGAAGCUCACGGCAUAGUCGGUUUACUCUCGAUUGCCUCGUCUUCUUUCCUUAUCGCAAUCACUCAACGGGAGCAGGUUGCGCAGGUAUUUGGGAAACCGAUCUAUGUCGUUACGGAUGUGGCGAUUCUCCCGCUGUCUUCCCAGAAAGAAGCAUCCCUCGCCAUCACAACCGCCGUUGAGUCUCAAACGUCAGCCUCGUCCACGACUGAUACAGACACCGAUGUGACCGAUACAGAAGACACCAAUACGAAUUCGCAGGACCAGGAAGAGCCUCAGACUCCCAUAGAGCACAAGGUCCCUCAGCAGAAAAUAUCAAACCCCACCAGCAUCGCCAGAGAUGUCAUUGCCAACCGAGGCCAGUAUGGACGGUUUGCGGCCCAAUGGUUUUCCAAGCAGGGCUGGGGUGGAGGCAAGGACUCGGGUACGACGUCUGGCCCUUCGGACAGAAGCGAGAACGUGAAGCCGGGGACAAGCCCGAGUCCUGGAGCAGACGCGGCUGUGUCAGCAAAUCAACCUGAAGCCGGUAACGACAUUGAAGCACAAGAACAAAGCCAUAGCAAAGAUGCCGAGCACUUACUGAACGACACGUCCAUCACAGAGGCAACUCCAAAGAUUCUCAGGAGGACAAAGAUGAUAUUGACCUCGGGCAGUUAUUUCUUCUCCUACGACUUUGAUCUGACACGAAGACUCGCGCUCAUGGAGGGAAAUGCAGCUGCUCCUUCGCGCGGAACUUCUGAUCCUAUGUAUUUUUGGAACCGACGUUUACUAGGUCCAUUCAUGGACGUCAGGCAAGAUUCGUUUAUAAUGCCCAUAAUACAAGGUUUUGUAGGGCAAAGAACUUUCACAGUCACAAGAGAAGGAUCGGAGAAUCCACAGUCAGCUUGUGUAGUGGACGCUGAGCAUGACGAGCAAUCAGCAGGGGUGCAGCAUGCCAUAAACCAUGCUAAACAGGGCCUUGCCAGUAUAAGUACUGACAUGCAGUCGUACCUCCUCACGCUGAUUUCACGACGAUCAGUCAAGCGAUCGGGCCUUCGCUAUCUUCGGCGUGGCCUCGAUGAUGAAGGCAACUGUGCCAAUGCCGUCGAGACUGAACAGAUCCUGUCUGCUCCAGACUGGUCUCGUUCUCGACGAAUACGAUCUUUCGUACAGAUACGUGCAUCGAUUCCCCUUUACUUCUCGCAGUCCCCUUACUCGUUAAAGCCGACACCGAUGCUCCAUCAGUCGCCAUCCAAAAAUGAUGCAGCCAUGACGAAACAUUUUCAGGAUCUCAGGCGACGAUAUGGCGGUGUCCAAGUUGUCUGCCUGGUGGAUAAGCAUGGUCCUGAAAAUAUUAUCGGCAAGGCCUUCGAGGAAAAGGUCCGCUCCCUGCAGGAAUCUAGUCAACUUGAAGACGUCCGGUACGAAUGGUUCGAUUUCCACGCCGAGUGCCGCGGCAUGAAGUUCGAGAACGUCUCGAGGCUUGUUGACAAGCUCGAAGAUACUAUCAAGGAUUACGGCGAGACUGUGAUCUCCAAAAACGGCGUCGAGACAACCCAAUCAGGAAUACUUCGCACGAAUUGUAUGGAUUGCUUAGACCGCACCAACGUCGCUCAAAGUGCCUUUGGACAGUACAUGUUGCAGAAAGACCUGGCCAGGGAAGGAUUUGAGAUCGACUUGCUGCAUGACGAGACCACCACCUGGUUCAACACCUUAUGGGCUGAUAAUGGGGACGCCAUAUCGCGGCUGUAUGCAUCCACAGCAGCGCUAAAGGGGGAUUUCACGCGAACGCGUCGGCGCAAUUACCGUGGGGCCUUGAAUGAUUUCAGCCUGACCUUGACCCGAUAUUACAACAACAUGGUCAAUGACUAUUUCUCCCAGGCGGUUAUCGAUCUCCUCCUCGGCAAUGUGUCAUGGAGAGUGUUUGAAGAUUUCGAGAGCAGCAUGAUGAGCAAAGACCCAGGGAUAUCAAUUGAUCAGAUUCGGCAAACUGCAAUUGAGAGUUGUGCAAGACAAGUAAUACAGGAGAAGGAUGAAGAUCUCAUCCACGGCUGGACAAUGCUAACGCCAGCACACGAGAACACCCUGCGGACUAUGCCGUUCGAAGAGGCGGUUGUUCUCUUGACAGAUGCUGCUCUGUACUGUUGUAGGUUUGACUGGACGACUGAAAAACUUGCCUCUUUUGAGAAAGUUGACCUGCGAUCUGUCUCGAAGAUCCGGUAUGGAACGUAUAUCACGUCUACUUUCAGUGAACGCCAGAUGAAGGAAGAGCUCAAUGCUGGGGUUGUGGUAAUAUAUCAGCCUGGAAAAGGAAGCACCAUCCGGACGAACACGAGAUCCUUGCAAAACUAUGUCGCUCCCAAGACAGACGAGUCGGAGAAUCGCAUCGACGGAGGGACGGGCAUCCUAUCGUGGCUUAGUCCCAGUUCCGCAACGUCGAGAAAACUGGCCAUGAAGGUGAUCCCAGCAGCAACGACAGACACGGAUGGAGUUGCUGGACCGCAAGCGGAGGCACCAUCCGCCAUAGCUGAGAAUGUUGCAGGGGAGAUUCGACGGGCGCUCGCUGGAGGCACAGAGCAUGGUGAACAGCAAGGAAAUGACCUUAUGGAGCAGUCGGCCAUCAUCUCGUUGGAGGAAGCGAAGAAACGGACUGGAUAUUUUGAGCAGCUAGGCCACUCCCUUAAGAAGAUGGUGUGGACAUGA